UAAUAAUUUUAUGAUUUAAAAUUAGUUCACAAUAGAAAACCUAACAAGAAAGAUAUUUUUUUGCCAAAUGACACAAUGACCAGUUUAAAAAGAGUAUCCUUUUUUAAAGAUGGCGAUGUUAAUUUUUCUGGUGUAAAUUUAACUAUAACAGAGCGUAAGUUUCGAACAUAUGAACAACUAGUCACCGAACUGAACAAAAAAGUUCCACUAACCAAUGGAGUAAGAACAAUAACAACACCUAUGGGAUUUCAUAAAAUAAGGGAUGUUGGUGAACUUGAAAAUGGAAAAAAGUACAUUUGCUCAUCCAACAAGCGUAUUAAAAGACUUGAUUAUGAAAAUAUUAGUAAGAAGAGUGACUUUAAGGUCCCUCGUCGUCCCUUAUCCAAAAAUGAUUACCAACCAUUUAAGAGCAAAGAUGGUUUAUUUAAGAGUCGAAAAAAGAUUAAAAAAUUAAACUUGAUCUCAAAACUUAACAGUAACAAUAUAGUUGGCAUUGUGCUCACAGAUCGAGUCACAGAUUUAGAAGAAGUAAUAAAUGAUGCAAGUGAAGCAUUUGGGUAUCAAGUUACUUCACUGUUUUCAUUGCAAGGAAAAAAGAUCAUGUCUUUGUAUGAUUUAUUUUCGGGGGGUGAUACUUAUAUUGCUGAUAUGCAUGCAACUAUUAGCUCAUUGGAGAACUUGCCUUUACCUUUUAAAUCUUCAAGUGCACCGGGAUUAAAGACCAAUGGACAAUCUUUAAGCAGUCCAUCAAAAUUAACUUCUACUUCAAAAGUUGAAGAAAUAGUUGAUGGAAAACCAGUGGAUGGAAAAGAAACUUUAUGGUUAAUCACUAUAAGAACAAGUAAUAUUCCUGAUGCCUCUAGUGACCAUUUUGUUUAUAUAACACUGUAUGGUAGCCAUGGAAACACUGGAAAAUAUAAACUUGGAUUACCUUCACAUACAAAAAUGUACUAUCAAGAUACUGUCAAUGAAACUGAAAUUAUGUUGAAAGAUGUUGGAAGUUUAUACAAACUACGUAUUGGUCAUGAAGAGAAUGGGACUACUAUUGGAUGGCAUUUAGAAUAUGUGUUAUUAACAAAUUUAAUGAGUAAUAAAGAAUACUUAUUCAACUGCAAUCGAUGGUUAUCAAGAGAAAAAGGUGAUGGUGAGGUUGAACGAGAGCUUCCAUUAUUUAAGAAUGGAAAAUUACGUUUUUCGGUUCAUCAGUAUGCAGUUAAAAUACUCACUGGUCAAAAGGAAAAUGGUUGUACCAAUAAUGAUGUGUACCUAACAAUCGAAGGAGAGAAUGGCGACACAGGAAACCGGCUCCUAAAUAUUAAAGAUAGAAUGCAAGCUUUUCGAAGCGGCAAUGUUAGUUUAUUUGAAAUUGAAGCUGUUGAUUUGGGUAUCCUAAAAAGCAUUACAAUCUGGCUUGACCAUCAAGUAGAUGAUAAAGAUUGGUUUGUGGAGCAAGUCACUGUGGAAGAUCUUACUUCUAAUAAGAUUUAUUAUUUCCCAGUGAAAAGGAAACUGGUUAAAGGAAAAUCUAAAAUACAAAUAAAGCCGCAGAAUAACGCUAAAACUGAAAAGGAAGUUGAAGAAAGUUCCAAAAAAGAAGAGCAGAAUGAAAUAGAAUUAAGUUCAAUUCAAAAUACUUCUGACCAAAAAGAUGCGAAGAAUAAGAAAAAGCUGAAGAAAAGUUUACCAAAACAAAACAAAAAAAAUGAAGAAAAUGAAACCCAUGAAGAAAACAGUUUUGAGUACCGAAUUGCAAGACAUUUACAGAGCAUAUGUGAAGUGGUUUUAAUAUCAAAACUCUCUGGAAAGUCGCUCUGUUAUAAUAGAAAAAAAAGCAAGCUGCAUGCUACCGGAGAAGAAAAUUUUUGCUGUAGAUGGUUGAUUCUUGAUGUAAACAAUGUUUCUACCAAACAUUUGUUUUCUACAUUUUCUAAUGGUUACAUUUCAAUGGAUGACUCAAAUGUCACUUUUAAUUUAGGCAGCCCCGGCCUAUUGAACGAGUUUUUAUUGAUAAUAUCUGACGAUAACACCUGCAUAUUUGAAAGCGUUGUUCAUAAUGGCUCUUAUCUCAGUAGUGACGAGAAUGGAAAUAUUUCGAUCACAACUGACGUCACUUCUGAUUCUGCAAAGUUUCAAUGUUUUAUGAAGGAUGUUAUUCGUGAUAAAAUGGAAGUUCAAUUAAUCUCCCAUUAUGAUGGUUCGUUACUUGCUGAUGUUAGCAGUAAACCAACAUUUGUACUAGAAGAUAAUAAAAAUGAUGAAAAAUGUACAUUUGUCAUAUCUACGUUCGAUGAUUCCAACAGUUCUUUGAUGAUCAACUUGAAAAAUAAGGAGUCUGAUAAUUUAAUCGUUGUAAAAAAUAACUCCGCUGUCAUCCUGAAGAAAAUAAAUCCUUCAGAUAUGCAGUGUCGAUUAAAAUUUCAUAAAAAUGGAGAUAUUUUUCAGUUUGAAUCUACUAACGUUCCAAAUCAAUACUUAUCAAAAGAUGAAAAAACGAAUCAGCUUGUUUUAACUUCAAAUUCUAAAACCGUGAAUACAAAGUUUAUUUUGAAAGCUUUAAAAGGAGGAGAUUUUAUUCCAUUUGAUCUCGAAGAGUCUUGUAAUGUACAAGAUGCACAUGACGAUGCACAUGACGAUGCACAUGACGAUGACGAUGCAGAUGAUGGUGAGCAUUCAGAUUCUCAAUAUGAAGGUGAAGAGGAUGCUCUUCUCUAUCGAGAUGAAAAUUAUUUUUCACCUAUCUCUGAGUCUUCUCAAUCCGACUCCCCUGAUGACGACAGUGAAACUGAAAAUGAAGAUAAUAGCGAACAGGGGGCAAAUGAUGAAGAAAAUAAUAAAUCCUUAGAUCAAGGCGAUGAAGUUCAAAAACAUUCAACUGAUGAAAGUGAAGAACCUUCUUUGACCAAUAAUGGCGAUGAUGAAAGCACAAAGUUUACAAAUAAUGAAGAAAAAUCAAAUAUCGAAGAAUCAAAUCAAUCCAGUAAUAAAAAUAAUGAUGAAGAAAAUGGAAGAUCUACUCCUCAAAAUAAUAAGAUAAACCAAGAUACUCUUGAUGAUGAAUCCGAUGACGAAAAUGAAAAUAUAAAUGUAUCUUCAGAAGAGGAGAGCACCAGGAUUGACCAAACGAACAAUGAAGAUAUGAAUAAUGAUAGAACUUAUGAAAAAAUUGAAAACGAUAGUACCGAAGGAAACAAUAAUGAAAGUGAAUUAAUCAACAAUGAGGAAGAAAAUUUCAUGGAUCCGACAGUCGAAGAUUUAGCUGGAAGUAUCGUUUUGCUUAUCGUUAAUGAAGUUUUAAACGAUAUUAAAGACAUCAACAAUUCCUCUGAAAUAACCGGCAAUAAUGAUUUUCUUGCCUCAAAAGACAAUAAUGAAAAUUUCGAAAAUCCAAUUGAAAGUAUAGCUCAAAGUAUCGUUCAAUCUGUGUUUGAUUUUGCAGUAAACUUUGUGACUGGCAUUGAUAGUAUUGAUUACGAAAAUAAAGAAAACAGCCAAAAUCAAGUUUAUGAUUUUGCAAUAGAAGAUGUAGCUAGAGAUAUAAUUACAAAUUUGGCUGACGAUGUUAUUACUAACUCAGACGUUGAAGAAGAAGAACAAUAAAGAAUCUUCCUCGUGUUUGUAAUAAAUUAAAAAUAAAUCUUCAACUUUCGGUCACUCGUGCAUAUUAAAAAUAUAAGCAAUAUUUUUGUAAUUUAAAUUUUAAGCAUUGCACUCAUAUUUUUUACCUUAUCGUGCAUAAAUGUUUUAUUAGAAAUAAAAAUGUUUAUAAUAUGAUUU